CCAAUGUAUAUGGCCGGAUCGGUGUUUCGAAAUGACAUGACGAAACUGAGCGGGCAGUUGACUAAAUCUAUUCGGCCCGAUCCGUCCAUAAACAUCAUUUUGGUGUAUGGAAGCUCGCCUCUAUUUUUGGUUCUUAAGUGUCAUAUGAGCUAUGUUACUACAUGAGUUAGAUAUUCAUUUUCUACUGUAGUCUUGCAAUAACUACUUUUUGCUGUGGUAUGAAAGGCCAAACCCUCACAGUCGUAAAGAUCCUUAGAAAUGGCAAAAUGCUGAUAUGCAUUACUUGUUAUACAUAGUUCCCACGGGCCAGUUCAAAAUCUCGGACAGUCUAAUGAAUCAAAAUUAUGAAGUGCACGUUGCCAGUAUCUAGAUUCCUCAACAAUGAAACCAUCUAAUGCCCAUAUUGCAACACUGAGUGUAAGCAUCAAAAGAAUCAUACACUGUUGCCGGAAAGCUUAUUCUAUUACGGGAAAAUUUCAAAUAGAAAGGUUAAUUUGCUAUCUCACGCAAUUUGAUUAGGUGAGCAAGACGUCCGGUUACGACGGAAAACCAGAUACGUAUUGAGGGUUUACGCGAUGCUACUAACACAAAAAUCUAAAAACCUGAGUACAUUGGGAGUAUGUAAAACAGAAAUAAGCCAAUAGGUUAAGGCAUAUCUAUAGGGCACGUUGUGAAACGUUGCACGUUGGCAAAAAGCAAUUACUGACUGAUAUUCAAAGUGGCCAGGUAUGUAAACAAUAAAUUCAACAAAAAAUACGCUUUUAUUAUUUUCACUGAUUCACCGAGUCGUGCUUUCAACUACAUUUAUAGUGCUCACAUUUGCAGGACCCCUUAUUUUGGCAUACACCUAUAAUCAGAGACGUAGCUGCUCAGGAAGACAUCCAGCAGGUCAUAAAAAAUAUCCGCGUGUUAGCUCAGUGGGUAGCCUAUUUCCCUGCUAAUAUUAGGAACAAGUUGUGAUCUACUUUCAAACUGGGCAUAGACACACGGCCGCCUGAUAGGACGCCUAACGGAGAUACCGGACGUAGAGGCUAUAACAGAUUAAACGUAAUCGAAUGUGACUGUCAGAUCGUUUGCUACCGUAGCAAAAAUAGAACUGGCUAUGUAUUUACACAGAUAUGUAAGUCUGAUAACAGAACACACAGAAAUUGUUUCACAAGUAAAUCUGGUCUAUCGACCUUAAUUGCUGAGCGUUUGUAAACUGACAGAAUCUCUUUUGCGGCAUUACCUUAAGAUGCCUUGCUGGGCAAAUUUUCCUGUCUGGUACAUCGGUCAUCUCAUCUUAUCCACAAGUCCUACGCACGUAAAGGCUACAACAAGUGAGAUUUCAGUUUUGGACUUAUUCACAGUAUGUGGCCUGUUUGCAUGAGGGUACGUAUUAUUUUUGCUUUCUAAAAAAAUCUGCACAAUUGUGUACUUGAUUGUUGAAAAAAUAGAUAUUUGUCUGCCUUGAGCCAAAUAUGUGCUUGAGACGUCUUAAAAACCCAAUUUCUUGUCUCAAACUAUAGCAUUCCUGAGCCGUACGGAGUCAUUGAGAUAGGUCAACUGUACUGUAAAAUUGAAAAAAAAAACAAAGUAUUUGUAAUGCUUAGCACCUUCGUAUUUCGCAAAAUUGUUGCUUGUACUUGUUAAGAAAGAACGUAACCAAUAUUAUUCCUUCGCACAAAUAUCGAAUAUCUACUAACAACCUUUUUUCCCUUUUUUUUUCCCUACAAGAGACAGUUGCAAACGGAGUUGUCGGACGAAGAAGAAACGCCGAUUUUCAAAAGAGACUUGAUCUUCUAUAGCAGCAGGCGUGUUUCAUCAUUACGGCCUUGACAGGCAACAGCACGGCCCUAAGCCGAUUUCUUAACUGUGUUCCACAAAUAGACCCAAAACAAUCUUGUUUGUAAGUUCUGGUUACGUGAGUGUCUUCACCUUCGUGAUAAUGAUGACCGAGGCCUGGGGAGUGAUCACUCUGGGAAAAAGCAAAUUUUACAUGGAUUUCCCAAUGGCCACAGAAGCUAGCGACGGUACCUCUCCGGUUCAUGAUGUGACGUCUACCGAGCGUGGCAAAGCUCGAGCCUCAGUCUUCGAAGAACUCCUGUCCCGUGAGCAGAUUGAUGUACCUUUGCUCCGAAAGUAUUGCUUCCACGGCAUUCCGGACGGCCCUAGCUUGCGAUCGUUGUGCUGGAAAAUUCUGCUUGGUUAUUUAGGGGGUGACCGACGCCAAUGGCCCGAGUACCUAGCACAACAACGUCAGCUAUAUGCACGUUUUGUCAACGAAAUGGUAGUUGGGUCAGGAACAGCGACUGACCAGUCAUGUGAGGACCAUCCGCUCAACAUGAACCCUGACUCAAGAUGGCAGAGUUACUUCAAAGACAACGACGUGCUCCUACAAAUCGACAAGGAUGUUAGAAGGCUCUGUCCUGACAUAUCGUUCUUUCAGCAGGCUACGCAAUUUCCUUGCAAAAAAAUCGUCGAUGAUCCCUUGGUCGAUUCAUUACGAGAGCGGGUAGAGCGGACCGUACUGCGGUCAGGCGCAGUCCAGCGUAGUCGAACAGGUCUAACAAACGUCGCACUGUUUAAGAAAAUUACCACGGAGAAAUAUUCAGCUUUACCCAGUGGUCAGGAGGCUCACUGGGAGGUGGUGGAACGAAUCCUGUUUAUCUAUGCAAAGUUGAACCCCGGUGUUGGCUAUGUUCAGGGAAUGAACGAGAUCCUCGGCCCUAUUUAUCACACAUUGGCAACUGAUGCAGAUACGACAGUUCGUGAACACGCUGAAGCAGAUAGUUUUUUUUGCUUUACGCAACUGAUGUCGGCAAUGCGAGACUUUUUCCUCAACGCCAUGGACAACACGGUUAGCGGUAUUGGUGCCAUGAUGGACCGCUUCAUGAGUCAAGUGAAAACUAUCGAUCCUGAAUUGCAUCAACGUCUCGUUCAGCAGGAAAUUAAGCCACAGUUCUACGCAUUUCGCUGGAUUACGCUUCUUUUGAGCCAGGAAUUUUCCCUUCCCGAGGUCGUCCGAUUAUGGGACUCAAUUUUCGCGAUGAACGAACGACUCGACUUCGGAUUCCUUCUGUCAACGUGUUGCGCGAUGAUGAUUCUAUUGCGAGAAGAGUUGUUAGAGGGUGAUUUUGCCCACAAUAUGAAAUUGUUGCAGAAUAUUCAACAUAACGAAAUUGAUGGCGUAUCAGUCGAUGACAUUCUAAACAAAGCUCUCUGUCUUUAUGAUAAUGCACCAGUGACGAAACUGGCAGAUAGUGCGGGCCAGUUGUAACUUUCAUCAACAGCUCGACGAUGUUUUAUAGAUGCCUAUCUAUGCCAAUUAAAUAGUCUUACUUAAGUGCUAUAUAGAAUAAAAUUAGCAUGAAGAAUGAUUACGGUCAAAAAGCGAGAUGAGAUGAACACCUUAUUGUUUUUAUGAGUGAUAAUGUCUAACUAAAACACGAAUCAACGGCGUGUACAGUUAUAGCUAUCGUAGCAUCCAACAAAUGGGCAAUCUUAGGAUAUGCUUAUUUGGAAGGUGUUAAUAAUUAUUGGAACUCUCCCAACUAAGUAAUCGAUAUGAUACUGAAAGGAGGUUUUAAAUUCUCAGCGUUUUGUUGGCACUCGUUCGUGUUCAUUUAGAAUUCUAAACAACUUUAAACGUGCUGAUAUUAUGAGGAUAUUUAUGAUGGCCGUAAGUGAAACUAGAUACCCGGUAAUGAUGGUUACAAGGAGAAUUAAAGUUUUCAUCUUAAAAACAUGUGAGAGAAUAAGACUAUUUUUCGCUAGAGCAAUACGUUAAUGACUUCUAGAGGACUUUAUUAUGUCAGAGUAUGUACGGGUAAGACUAUAGUGAUGGGAUAGAUAUUCCUGAACAAAUGAGUAUCAUCAUAUUGGCACGAGUUCAAAAUGAAGUAAUAAAUCGCCCCCGCUGAGAUUAAUAGCUGCAGCCGAAGUAUGUUGGUGAAUUAUCUCUCCUUUAUGGGGCUUAACCUAUACAUAGAUAUAUAUAUAUAUAUAUAUAGGAAAAUUAAUAAAAAAAAAUUAUAUUUUUAAUUGACUAACUAAAUCCAGCUUGACACAAGCUUGUAAAUGUACAACGCAAUAGCAGUCACAAUUUACAACGUACAAUAGAAACAAAUGUGUUAUAUGUAAAGGAGUAUUUUGCUUGGAACCACCUCAUUAUUCGAAUCGACUGUUCGAAAACAGAACCAAAUAGGUAAUUGUAACAUUCCAUGUUUUUAAAUAACACCAAAAACUGAAUGAUGAUAAUAAUGCAGUUGAGGUCGAGAUUACCUAGGCGAAAACUACUCGACGUGAUCAAGCUGAGUCUCAAUUAAACUUUGACUUGACUUGAAUACUUUCAUUGGCUCACGCAUGUAUCGAGGUCUUCGCAACAUACUAUGCUGUUUGGAUCAUAUUUAGCUGCAUUUUCGACUCGGGCUGCGACUGGGAUUUCUCCAAUCAAUCAGACAUUUCUCAUAAUCAGUUUCUAGGGUUAACCGGGUGUUUUCGAAGUGGCUGAUGGUGAUAUUUAUAGCGGGUUUGCUCACUUUGACAAUUUCAACAAUGGCGUUAUUCCGCUGUGCGUGUAAUGAGUAUUAUGACUUCAUGAUUAUUGAGAGAUAGUUCGGGUAAUCAGACGUAAAAAGAAAAUCGACGAUGAUUAGCUGUUAUAAUCGCUUUUAUCGGGUGGUUCUGAUAGAUCUGCGAAAAAAAGCGUCUAAAAUGCAUGCAAAAAAUACGCGUAAAUGCCCCGGCGUGAAGGUCACACGUUUUUCGUACUACCUAAACAUACAGGCCAUUUGUUCGUUCGCGUAUUUGACAUUCGUGUAAAUAAAAGUAUACACAUGAAAACAAC